UGUGUGUGUGUGUGUGUGUGUGUGUGUGUGUGUGUGUGUGUGUGUGUGUGUGUGUGUGUGUCUACAGAGGCUGUCUGGGAGCCACAAAGCCCUGGUAGAGAUGCAGGACGAUGUAGCUGAGCUACUGAGAUCCGCCACCCGUGACUACCCCAACACUAAGGGGAACCUUGAACAGAUCCAGUCCGUGUUAAACUCCACCGAAGUGGGCCUGCAUCAGCUUACAGCUCAUGUUGACUGCCGCAGCCUACACAUGGACUACGUCCAGGCUCUGACGGGCCUGUGCUACGACGGCGUGGAGGGCCUCAUCUACCUGGUGCUCUUCUCCUUUGUCACAGCCCUCAUGUUCUCCUCUAUCGUCUGCAGCGUGCCUCACACCUGGCCGAGCAAGAGUACACCUCUAGUAUGAGGGCCAAGUACCUGGCCACCAGCAGGCCCGAGCAGAACCGGCGGUCCGUCCCCAACGACCAACUGGACCCGGCCAGCCGGCCCCACGCCACCGCACGUCCCCAGUCCUCCGUCCACUAGAGGGCCGACGCCACACCACCGCCGCCUCCAUCUCAUCCUCCACCUCCUCCUCCUCCUCCUCCUCCACCUCCUCCUCCUCCUCCUCCUCCUCCUCCUCCUCUCCAUUCCAAUGCCUCAGUCAGACAGAAUGGGGGGGAGGGGGGGGGGGGGGGGCUCAAGGUCCCCACUCAGCUGCUUCCAAGCAGUUCAGAAAAAAACAACCCACUGGACUCCAAGGUCAGAGGGGAUGGUUACCACGACGACCUCCACCACUCGGCCGAACCCCCUGCCCUCCCCUCCCGCCCCAAACAGAGGAACACGUAACCCACAUCAAGCAGGACUCACCAACUCAGCGCCUCGGCCUACAGUGCACUUUUAAUGAGCUCAUAUCUCACCCAAUCAAAAGAAGAGGAAGUACCCAACCUCCUCAUCAAUAACCUGUAUCAUGCCUCCAAGACUACAUUUACCACGUUAAUGCAUUCCUUUGCAUAACAACUACUUUAAAGCCCUCUCCAUGGUUCCAGUACACUGGCCCCUAGUGGAGAUUCCACGCAUUUUCUUCAACGUCUCCCCCCCCCCCCCCCCCCCCCCCCCCACACACACACACACACACACGCAAACAUACAUACAGAUCCCCCUUAAUUCACACUGUCCACAUUCCUGAGAAGUGGGACACAUAACCACUUGCACAAUAACAAGCCCCCCCCCCCCACCCCCUUACACACAAACAAACACACAAACAAUCUGUACAUAGCUGUAAAUACUGAAUGAGCAAUUCAUUCUGUUUUCAUUGGGCAAACAGACCCAAGUCCUUUCUGGUUUAACAUGGUGGUGUGCUUAGUGUGUCAUAGAAUUGUUGCUGUACCUUUCUCAUGUCAAAACACAUACACACGCACACACUCAUACAUGCACUCAGAAACCAUUUGUAUAGAGAUAAGAACAAGUGAAUCAGAAAAGCCAUUCUAACGAUAUAGCUAACAGCUGGUGUCUGGGACGGCAGACACUUUUGGGGUUACCUUCCUCUGUAGAUCAACAGUAUUGUUUUAACCCACAAUUAAUGACUUGAAUACGGAGCUGUCUGUGUUGCAGCUCUAUUUUUUAAUUUUAUUAUUCUCAUUGGUUAAGGUGUGCAUAAGCAGGUGGAAGGAGGUUUUGCUUUGUUGUUGUUGUUGUUGUAGUACGAGCCAGGACUGUUGUGUGUUCUUGCAAGCGCUUUUCAAAUGGAUCUCUGUUGGGAAUGAUUCAUUAUGCGGGCGCCUGGAAGACACCGAGGCGGGACGGAAAGAGACGUCGAUGUGCUCAACCUGUGCCAAAUAACUCUGAAUAACGAGGGUCACCGGAUGUUCCCCUCUCUGCUACUGCCUCGAUGAAAGAAUCAAAAAAAGGGAGAGCGGCAAAGAGGAGGAUAACGCAUUUCUGGAUGGGACUAUUUUUCUCCUCCAUGUAAAUAAGAGCAGAGUUGAAGGGACCCAUGGGACAAAGAAGAAGAUGAUCAGAAACGGGAAAUGGCUGGUGAAACGUGGUGUCCAACGUGUUUCCAGAGUCGGUGCUCACUCUGCCAAUCAAGUCGCAAGGAGAAGGAACCGGAAGGCGAAAAAAAAGAAGAAAAAACUACUUACUAAUAACUAUUUUUUUGGAUUGAUUUACAAUGUAUUUCCUCAAGUAUAACAACUGGGUGUCUCAAUGAACACAGGCUUUGUUUUUCUUCUGUUUUGUUUCAUAAACCCUCUUAGAAUGUAGGACAAUUAGUGGUGUUCAACUUUGUUUGGGUUGUUUUGUUUUACAAAGCGGUUAAUACUGAUGUGGUACUGUGACAAAGAAAAAAAAUUCUUCUCUUGUUUUUCUUGUAAACUGUUGUUUAUGUUUAUCCGUCAAACGAAGACCUCUGGAGUUGGAGAGGUUCAAGGCACAUUGCUAUGACCAGGGGUCCGAGACCCACUGACUAGCCCCUCUCAACCAGUCCAUUUUUGGUUGUUAUUGUUGUCUUAAAGAAACACAAUGACUUUUCAAGGUGGUAAUGGAGAAGUUGUCACAGAAAGGCACGGCCACGCUAUAAGCUACCAAGUGUGCGUAUGGUAGGGACACUCUCUCUCGCUCUCUCUCCACUCUCCCCUUUCUCUCUCUCUCUCUCGCUCUCUCUCCACUCUCCCCUUUCUCUCUCUCUCUCUCUCUCUCUCUCUCUCUCUCUCUCUCUCUCUCUCUCUCUCUCUCUCUCUCUCUCUCAUUCUCUCUCUCUCGCUCUCUCUCCACUCUCCCCUUUCUCUCUCUCUCUCUCUCUCUCUCUCUCUCUCUCUCAUUCUCUCGCUCUUUCUCCACUCUCCUCUCUCUCUCUCUCUCUCUCUCUCUCUCUCUCUCUCUCUCUCUCUCUCUCUCUCAUUCUCUCUCUCUCUCGCUCUUUCUCCACUCUCUCCACUCUCCUCUGUCUCUGUCUCUCUCUCUCUCUCUUUCUGAACCCUGUACAAUGUAUAGAAACAUACGUAUGAGUCUGCGUGUGGCCUCGCUACCGUGUGAUUGGCUCUUUCUAUAUCUCAGUGUUACCGUGUGUAAGUGACCGUAAACAGUGUGUCAGAAUGAGGAAAUCAAGCGAGUGCUUCAAGCCUUCUGCAGUGUUACUUACAGUUAUAGUUACACACGCACUCAGCACACAAACACACACACACACACAAACACACACACACACACACACACACACACACACACGAUGCAGAGACUUGUAUGCAUACACUCCUAAACAUAAUACUACACUUCUCCCAUAUACAAAACACACACUUUUUAUGUGGUCCUGUUUUAACUUCACGUACACAUCUAGUGCCGUAGGAGCCAUACGACAUGCACCACCUCCCCAACCAUUCCCCUCAACUGUGGCAUCCAAGAAGAGUUGUCAUAGUACAUUAUAAUUUGUUUGUUUUCUAUAGAAUAAUGCAUACUGUAAUGAGCUACGUAGGCUACUGACCUGUACAGCAGCCCAGCGCUUACAACAGCACCCUUGGACCGGCCCUCCGUCUGGGCUUUUUUAACCGCUUUCUUCUCCUCUUAACGGGACAGCCACUGCUCAUAAUAGCGAGACAAUCAUCUUACCUGUGAUUUCUCUUACAGUGAUAUGUUCUCAUUGUCACAGUAACUACACUACCUACGCUGUAGUACUCAACGGUGUCAGUGCACCGGGGAGGGAUAACCUAUGACAAGAUCCAUUGGAAUAGUCACUGAUGGCCUUUCAUAAUGUUUUUAAACUCUUACUACACUCUCUCAUAUCACUGCAUUUUUUUUAUGUCUGUCUUGUACAAAGAUGAAAUGUAAAGAAUUAAAACAACGAUAGCUAUAGCUUUUUUUUUUUUUUUUUAAAUAGGAGAACAAAGGCAAAAGCAGCCGUUUGUUUCCCUCUCUUUUCUUAUUAGUGACGACUGAAUCUCUGUCUUGCAUUGCAAAUGUUUUACGAAAAAACAGUGUUUGAGUGUAGGUCUGCACACCUGACUCAAAACGCUCCUUGGCUUCCUGUCUAACGUUGUUUUUGCAAACUCGCUGGGGCCCCCUUUGGCACAAAUCUCUGUUGAGGGAACGUCAAAAGUACCCAUGAGAACCAGUUUUUACAUUGUAAUGUAAUAUGGGGCCCGCUCAAGCAAAAUAAAAAAAACGAAGAAAUAAAAAAACAGUUGAGCAGGACUUCAAAAGCAGUUGUAUCUUGGUGUGGUAGACGUCUUCGGUUUUCUCUGAAAGUUCCUUUUAAGGUUUUAACUUAAGAUAUUAAUGAUGUUCAUGUCAAAACUGUGGUAAUAAUAUCAUUCAGCCUGGAAUAAAUGUAAUAAAAAAGGAAAACAAUUAAAGCCACUUUAACUUAC